GAGCAUGAUAGAUGAAGCCAAUGCUUUGAUUAUUCGAGUUCUUAGUACUACUAGUACUAUGAAAUUAUUAUAGGCACCAUAGACAUCAAACUCAAAAUGGGCCGAACAACGAAGGAUAAGCGCGAUAUUUAUUACCGGCUCGCGAAAGAGCAGGGUCUUCGAGCGCGGUCAGCGUUCAAACUGUUGCAGGUAAACGAUGCUGUGCAGUUGUUUGAAACUGCAGAAUCAACUCCAGAUCAGCACAGAGAAGGCGUGACGAGGUUGAUGGAGGAAGAUAGAGAAAUUGUCGAUCUCUCAGACGCAACGAGUCGGACGAGAUCGAGAUUAGAAGCCGAAGAUAGAGAAAUUGUCGAUGUCUCAGACGCAACGAGAAGUUUUGCGACCGCCACGAGAGGACUCAUCUCUUCUUUUUCUUCCGCUAGCGGCAUUUUAUCCCAACACGGUGGACCCAAGAAUACGACGACAGCAACACGACCCCGACCCUCAUCAACAACCCUCAACAACAGCAGCUCUUCUUCGAAAAAGAACACGACGACUGUAGUCGUCGACCUCUGUGCUGCGCCUGGUAGUUGGACGCAGGUUCUGGGGAAACAUUUUGACCAUGUUGUGGCUGUCGAUCUACAGCCGAUGAACCUAGAACAGAUAGCGCCAAGACAAAACGUAUCGUAUGUGUACGGAGAUAUCACCGCACCAGAGACGCACUUGGAGAUCUUACGGAAAUGCUAUACAUCAAGGCAAAGUCGAUCAAAACCCAAGGGAGUGGAAAACUCCUUUGCUACAGGUUGUGCUGACGGAGGUUGUGCUGAUCAUGUUGAGGGAUCGAGUUCUACUAGUUCUAGUUCGUCAUCGACUUCUUCUAGUAGUCCUAUUUUUUUACCGAGUACUAAAGUAUCGAGCAACGUUGAUCCUCUACUCGCGGACUUGGUCGUUAUGGAUGGCGCGCCCGACGUGAGUUUGAUCCACGACUUUGACGAGUAUAUCCAGCACUUGCUGAUUGGUUCGAGCUUGAAAGUAUGCCGGAGAAUCCUGAGGCCUGGGGGAAAUUUCAUCGCAAAGUUGUUUAGAGGACCCCAGACGGAGAAGGAGGUUUUGAGUGUGAUGCGGAAGAUGUUUGGAAACGUCUACGUCUGUAAACCACGCGCCAGCCGGGUCAGCUCACCAGAAUGCUUUGUUGUGGGGAAAGGGUUCUUUGGAACUGGACCUGGAGGUUCUUCAUGGACUUCGAUAUUAUCUUCGAAUCUUGAUGCUGGUACCAAUGGUGAUAGUAGAAGUUCUGCAGUAGAUUCGGAAGAUGAGUCUUCGGAACAGGAGUCUUCUGAAGUGUUGAUCUUUGAAGGGGAUCUGGAUCAGAAUGGUAGAAGUACUGGAGGUGGAGAUAAUGAAACCUCCCAAGACGUACCCGCACGACCAGCACGGCCUCAAGAAGGACCUUCACAUUCUACAGCUUCAUUAUGUCAUUUCCUCCAGUGUGGAGCCCGCGAUGCGCCAGACAGCGAUAGAACUUAUGCUCUUGAAGAAGGUCACGUUUUCAUUGAUCCAGUGCAGCGACCGCUGAAAGCUUUUUAUGAGGAGGCUUUGGCAAGAAAACGAGACCCAAAAGCUGUGAAACAGGGUGGGGGCUGAACAUGAAGGAUGAUAAACAAGAACUUUAUAUAUCCCUAUUUACUUCUUGUACUCGCAAGUAGAUGAACUAGCGGACAAGAACCCAAAACCAAGAAGAUCUCUCCGACUCAAACCUAGCGACCAUGAUCUUACCACAUGUGAUGAGUAACAGCACCGAACACAUCGGGAAAACGACAUAGCAGGCUUUUUCGAAGUCUAAAAUUGAC